AUGGAAGAUAUUUUUGACAACAUUUUAAAUUCGAAAGAAUCUACCGAUCGCAAACGAAAAACCGAGGAUUUGGUGGAUUCGGAAGAUACCAAACGAACUCACGUAAAUGAGGAAGAUGAGGAUAUUGACUUCGAUGACAUUGAUCUGGAUGAAAUCACUCCCGAAGAGAUUGAGAAAAUGCUUCAAGAGGCAGAUAAGAUUGAGACAACCCGCCUCGAUAUUAGUGGAAUUAAACAAAUAAUUUUGGAACUAGAAAAGAUCAUUAACGAAAACCAAAAGAUGAGAAUGAAAUAUGCGACUGAUCCUUUGAAAUUUGAGGACAGCGAAUAUGCCCUUCACGAGCAAAUUAAAAAGUGCAGUGUUUUUGCCACAGAAUCAAAGGUGUAUCCAACUUUGGUGAAACUGGACUUUAUCGGCACUCUAUCUUAUCUGCUCGUCCACGAUAACAUCGUGAUAUCUACAGACGUCAUCAAACUGCUAGACGACCUAACAGACGACGAAACCAUCCUAAUGGACACAACAGGUGAGGCCGUGAGUCUGAUCGACACAGUGAUCUCCAAAAACCUUCCCCAAGUGCUUGUCAGCAAUCUCUCGCGUCUUCAGGACGAUUCUUCCAUCCACGAAGAAGGAUUCGAUGCUACUCUCAACGUCCUCGACCAUCUCAUCGAAAUUCAUCCAGACGUGCUUGAAACGCUCUGGACGACCGAUCUUCUCAAGGUGCUUCUCCACCAACUCGAGAAAUCGACAGCUUCGGAUCUUUCUCUCCACUGUUCCGAGCUGCUGUUCUCUCUGAUUUCGUAUAAAGACAAGGUGGACUCGAUCGCCUCGAAGCCCGUUUUAUCUCCUUCUCUCAUUGAAAGCGUAGGAUUGGAUCGAGUCGUUCGUCGUUUUGCUGUCGCAGUGGCGAUCGCACGACCCCGAAUCGCUGAAUGA